UACCUCAUGGUUCACUGUCACAAUGACUUUGCUUCCACUCUGGCACAUGGAGAGGAACGGCUGGGAGGCUGAAAGCUGCAGGGCUGCGACAUGUGAAAAGAGCUCCACCCCUUGACCCUCACAACUCUCUCAACCUUAGCAGAACUCACUUGAACUGACGCUGUGACCGCGACCUGACACCCUCCUGCCUCGGGCAUGCCUCAGCCGGGUAUGAAUGGGAUGGAGCCUGCGUUUGGCGAGGCCUACGGGGGACACAGGGGUCUGCUGAGCCCCUAUCCUCUGGCCAUGUCGCCACAAGGGGGCAGGACUGAGUACGACCAGAGCGUGCUCCUCAUGCUUGGCUCCCCGGCAUCACCAAGGAAACGGCCCUUUGAGUUGCUAAGCGACCUGGUGGACGACGGCGGCUUCGGCGAGGACCUGCACCCGGAGCGCUGGGACGUGUCCGCGCUGGACGAGAUGGCUCGCUACACCAAGCUGGGCCUCGGGGUGGGAGGGGAGCUGCUGGCCUGCUCCGAGGAGGCCGUCCUGAUGGGCCGCUGGGGGAGGAGCCGGGAGGAGGAGCAGGAAGAGGAGGAGGAGGAGGAGAGGAGGAGGAGCAGCAGCAGCAGACACGCAGCGCCUCCCGUCACCCAGGAAGUCCAUGCCACCGCUGCGGGGAGGGAGGAGGGGCGCACGUCUGUUGCCACGACAACGGGGAGGGAGUUGUGUGUUGCAGGAAGAGCGGCAGGAGGAGGACAAGAUGGGGGGAUGUCGAGGGAGCGCACGGUGGAGGUGUAUCAGGUGGCACAGGAGGAAGAGGAAGUGCCAGGGGGGGGAGCUGGGGACGGGGCCUCAGACGGAGGAGGUGCGAGCGGGGGAGACGCAGCAGGAGGUGCGGGGCAGGGAGGAGAUCCAGGCCAAGACUGA